CAGUGUGCGCGCACGGCACGCGUCGCAGCUCGCAGGGACAAAAAAAAAAAAAAAAAGAAAAAGAAAAACCCCCGGCACGAGCUCUUCGCCUCCGGAUACCGCAUUUCUCCCGUGUCACAUCUCGUUCUUUUUUCACCCGGGACAAACAAGAUCGCCUUUACCAAACUAACCGGCGGAGAGCUGGGAGAGAGCGCGUCGCCAAGAGUCUGCCGUUAUACAACCACCAUCCAGUCUUACUUGACUGUCUCUGUGUCUGUCAUAAAGUCUCAGGCUCCUCUAAACGCCGAGACGUUUAAAAAACCAGGUGAUUCUUCGGCUUUUACGUUGGAAUGAACUCGGGCAGAAGCUCGGCUUUCCCUUUGGAUGGGUGAUUUUUUGUCUUUCGUUCUCCAGUUACACGAGUAACAGUCUGCCGUGAUGCACUCCAGCUCUGUCACCCAGUCUUCCAGCAAGUGAGGACCGGUUUGGGGCAGAAAGCUGACGGCCUGAGGAGGGGAAGAUGACAGCUUUAAUCCCGGCGCUGCUUCUUCUCGCCGGCGUCUCUGUGACGUUGACUCUGAAAGUGGUGUCGAAGAGAGGCUCAGUGGAUGGCUGUACGGAUUGGUCAGUGGACUAUCUGAAGUACCGGGUGCUGCAUGGAGAACCAGUGCGGAUCAAGUGCGCUCUGUUUUACGGCUACAUCCGGGCGAACUACUCGCAGGCGCAGAGCUCAGGUCUCAGUCUGAUGUGGUACCGUAGCUCGGGGCUCGGCCACGGAGACUUCGAGGAGCCCAUCUCAUUCAAUGGCCUGCGCAUGAGCAAAGAGGAGGACGCCAUCUGGUUCAGACCUGCAGAACUGCAGGACGCCGGCCUCUACUCUUGCGUGCUGAGGAACUCGACGUUCUGCAUGAAGGUGUCCAUGACUCUGCUGGUGGCUGAUAAUGACACAGCGGCCUGUUAUAACUCCAAACUGCGCUACACGGAGAAGGCUGAGCUGGGCAAGAGCAAAGACAUUUCCUGUCCUGAUAUCCAGGACUUCAUCCAGCCUGGCCAGGAGCCACAGAUAACGUGGUACAAGGAGUGCAGUGAGUGGCAGUGGAGGCCAAGUAUACUGCAGUCUGGAGACACUCUCUCCAUCCAGGAGGUAACGGAGGAUGACAUUGGGAACUACACCUGUGAGCUGCCCUUCGCAGGCUUCCUCGUGCGCCGAACAACUUACCUGAGUGUGACAGCUCCUCUGACUGAAGAUCCUCCAAAGAUCCUGUUCCCAUCUGAAAACAAACUCCUCACCUUAGACAUGCAGAUAGGCGCUUCGGUCAAUUUGACGUGCCGCGCAUUCUUCGGCUAUAGCGGCGAUGUCAGCCCACUCGUGUACUGGAUGAAGGGAGAGAAGUUCAUCGAAGACAUGGACCAGAGCCGCAUCCGAGAGAGUGAUAUCAGGACCAUCAGAGAGCACCUAGGAGAACAGGAAAUGUCAAUCACUUUGACAAUAGAUUCAUUAGAAGAGGGAGAUCUGGGCAAUUACUCUUGUUAUGCUGAGAACGGGAACGGAAGACGACAAGCCAGCAUACAGAUCAGCAAACGAGUCGAGCUGAUGUAUACGAUGGAGCUGGCUGGAGGAUUAGGAGCCAUUUUGCUGCUGCUUGUUCUGCUGCUCUCUGUGUAUAAAUGCUACAGGAUCGAGUUGCUGCUCUGCUACAGACAUCACUUCGGAGGGGAGGACUCAGAUGGAGGUCAUAAGGAGUAUGAUGCGUACCUGUCCUACAGUAAAGUGGAGAUGGAUCAGUGGGGGCAGGAGCUUCAGGACGAGGAACGUUUUGCUCUAGAGAUCCUUCCUGAUGUUCUGGAGAAACACUAUGGCUACAAACUCUUCAUCCCAGAUAGAGAUCUCAUCCCCACCAGCAGUCUCAGCAGUGAACAUUACCAGGAUGAGACACAGCUUGUUAGAGCAUAUAUUGAGGAUGUGGCUCGCUGUGUGGAGAUGAGCAAGCGUCUGAUCAUUGUGUUGACCCCUGGCUACGUGUUACGUCGUGGCUGGAGCAUAUUCGAGAUGGAGUCACGCCUUCGCAGCUCUCUAGUGUCAGGCGAGAUCAAGGUGAUUCUGAUCGAAUGCGCCGAGCUGCGCGGCGUCAUCAACUACCAAGAGGUAGAGGAGCUGAAGCAGUCUAUCAAGUCUCUGACCGUGGUGCGCUGGAGUGGCCCACGAAGCAACAAGCCUGGCUCACGAUUCUGGAAGCAGCUGCGUUAUGCUAUGCCAUGCCGCCGGCCACAGCCCAGUCUCAGGACCCCCGCAGUAGACGCAGGAGAGCCGAACCCCUUCGCUCACCUCCACACCGUUUCAGCAAUCUCAGUGGCCACGGCGGCGUCGACAGCAGCAGCUCCAGCCCGUCCAGAGCUUCGGGCCGCACUGCGCAGCUCAUACCGAGCGCACUCACUGGCAAGGCAGAAACACGCGCACUUCCGCAGCUAUGAUUAUGAGCUGCCGCUGGCAGCAGGAGCCACUCUGCCAGCACAACCCACCUACUGCAACCUGCCACUUACGCUGCUUAACGGCCAGUGGCCCACCGCCAAGCGCCAACACAGCCUGGAUGAGCCGCACGCCAACAACAACGCCAUGCUGCCGUUGCUGCCCCGUGAAACCAGCAUCUCCAGUGUCAUCUGGUGAUGGAGAAGCAGUAAGGAUUCUAUGACUUCUGUAGAUGGGCUAGGCUGGGACAAAACCUCUUAUGCUCAUAGGGAUGUAGGGAUGUCUGGCCAAACUUAGAUAUAUACGGAACAGCCUUUGCUCUAAUCAAGCACCAUGGUCUUUCCGUGUCCGGCUUUUGGUCCACUGCUGAUCUCACACUGAGGCUACUCUGGAAGUAAAGCGCCACAGUAAGGGAUUAAUUAUAUAGUGCCAUAUCAACCUAGUGGGAAGUCUAUGAGUGACCUGAGACAUGCAGCCACACCACACGAACGGAAACAGGGUCCUGCACAGACGUCUGCAGUUUACGCAUAGCAUCACCAUCUCCCGAUCUCUGUACACUUUGUGUCAUCACACUGCCUUUAUUUUUUUUUUUUUCUGUUGCCAAAAGAUAUGAGUACUUUCACUUUGUUUAGUUGAUGAUCUUUUUACUGUACUACUAGACUUGCAGUUGAUUUUACUUACUUUCAGUUUGAAACAGUGUGAGCCAUUUUGAAAUUAGGGCUUGGCUAAAUGAAAUGUUUACCCUUUUGUUUUCACCGACAGUUUGCUCUACAUGUUGAUCCAAGUGUCCAGUUUCUGUUAGCUUCUGUAUGAUGUGUAUUUAUGAUUUUAAUUGGACAAUUUGUAAGAGGAAAAAAAAUCACAGAGAAUUAUGCAAGGAGUGGAGCCCAUCCUCAAAUAAUAAAGGGUAUUUUAAGAAACAAGAAAUCUAUUUUUAUAAAUGGAAAGCUGUUUCACUAUAUAUAUAACAGCAUCACCAGGACUAUGGGGUAAAAGACUUGUGCAUUUUGGGUAUUUUAUAAAUUUUGCUACAUUGUUUUUGUUUGUACAACCUACAAUAAAAUAACUUGAUGUCCUCAAAUUAAUUUAGGAAACAAUAGUAUACUGCAUUUCCUAUAGUUGGGUAAAACCUAAUGAAAUACAAGGUUUUUUCUUUUUUCUUUUUUGAAUAACUCUUAAAGUCAAGUUUUAAAGGACUUAAAAUCCUGUGUAAAGUCCAUAUGCAUAGAGGAUUGAUAUGUAUUAUGAUUUGGAUAUUUAUAUUACUAUGUAUUAUAAAACACUACAGCCACUGAAAUGAAGUGUUUAUAUUUCUAAAGGCACAAUCAUUCUUGUUUCCAUUUUGUUUGUCACUGUGCAUUAAAAUCACCAACCUCUGUCAGUUUAUGUGUAGUAAAUGCUAAAGUCCACACUGUGUGUGUGUGUGUGUGUGUGUGUGUGUGGGCGAGUGUGCAGCUCUCAGGGCCGGUUGUCUCCAAACAGACUUCACUUUCAAUUUCAGUAAUCACCUUUUUUUUUUGCUGUUUAUAUAAUGUAUGUAACAUAAUGUAUAAAAUACAAGAGAUGACAAGUAUAGUGAAACAAAUACACAAAUAUAGUAACAAAUAUAUCAAACAUAAACAUACUAUAGCAAACAAAUCCAAUAAGAUCCACAAUACUUAUUAGAAAAUGUAAUGGCUAAAUAUAAUGUUUUAACUUUUCACUUAAAAGCUGAGGAACACCUUAGCUAGAUGAGGUGGAGUCCAUGUCACAUUUGAAAUAUGAGCUUGUGUUUUAAAGCUGAUCUUCCUUAAAAAACAAUAUUUACAUUGUCUAUGUUAAAGAUCAACACUCUGCUACCUGUUUAUAUUGCUUUAUACAGUGUGUAGUUAGCUGUUCUGCUUAAAAUUACCUGCAGUAGGAAGAUCAGCUCUAAAUGCAUAGUAAAUUACAAUUUAUAAAGCGAUUCAGUUACAUUUUAGUAUUAUAAUAUUUUGUUUCAGUUGUUUGACAUAUUUAGGGUAAAAUACUUUAACCCAAUACUUUCUAUAAUACAGUUAUAGAAUGUUGCUAUUAUAUGUAGUUAACAAGUUAUUUACCUUUGAACAGUACAGUUGAUGUGACGUAGUGACAUUUAUAAUGAUUAUGACUAACAAAUGGAAUCUCCCUCAGAAAUUUUCAAAGAGCCAAAGAGCACAGUGAUUCUUCAGCUGACGACCUAGCUGAAUUACAGUGUUAUUCAGGCUAUAGGUGUAUUCUUGUAGAAAUAGUACCUGACUGAUAGGAACUUUCCUCCACUGAUGCUAAUACAAAACAUUUCAAUAACAAAUCAUAUAAGCUGAUUUAAUUUUAUAUAGUCAAAAUUCAUACACACACAAGUAGAUUUAAUUAUAUUAACCUUCACUGUGCUAAACUCAAAAUGAAAGUACAACCAUUUGACGUUAACUUUAUUGUCUGAAAACUGCAAGUUCAGACAUGGCAAGUUCACACACGCAAAAGCAUCACAAUGCUACAGCCUUCAGUGACCACAAGCCACCACAAUAGUGCAUAAAUACACACUUUUAAAGAUCUAUAUUCACAUUUCCUGUAAGGAAUUAGGUUCUCUAGUGCCUUACAAUAUAUUAUUUCAGUUCACUGUCACAAUACAGAACCUUUAUGACUUAGAGAUUCUUGAGAAUUAUAUGGAACUGACAAUUCAGUAAUACUAUUUUUAGCUAUAUAUUUAGUGAGGAGAGUAAGCUGCCUUAGUAACUGAGUUAGAGCUGCUUUUAUGAUCAUGUUAAUCCUGAAUUAUACUCCAGC